UCCCGGGCCCGGUAUAAACGCGGUCACGGAGCCGCCCCGGGGACCGAUGUGGCCGGAGGCAGGAAGGGGAUGGAGCCGGCGGCGCUGCCCGGGGGCUGCUGUGAGGAGCGCUUGGCCUGCCUGGGGCCGGGGGGACACAGCUGUGGCUCUCACCACGGGACCCUCAUGGAGGGGGACUCCAGGGACCACCAAGAGGGGCUGACGGAGGACGACAUCUACUGCCGCUGCCUGUCCAAGGCGCUCUGCCACACGGCCACGCCGGUCACCGUCGGCUUCUACUCCCCCUGCGGCCACCGCCUCGACUCCCUGCUGGACAAGGUCGCCGCCUUCAUGCGGCAGGAGAUGGCCAGGCGGGAGGAGGCUGAGCUGCGCCGCGGGCAGCCGAAGCCCCGGAGCCCCCGGGGCUGGGGCUUGGCGCUGGCCCUCUGGUACCUGACCUUCUACAGCCCGAUCAUCACCGAGGCUCACCUGAGGAGGAAGAACCUGGAGUUCCUCUUCAUCCGCUUCAGCGCCUGGCAGUUCGCCGGCUGCGACAAGCUGUGGGCGGGACUGGUGACCACCCUGUGCGACAGCAUCCGGCAGCACUUCGGGGCUCUGCCCCUCAGCGUCUACCACGUCCUGGGGACCCCUCCCCGCUACGCCUCGGGCUUCGGCCGCCGGGAGUGGGCGCUGAAGACGGGAACCUGCCUGAAGCUCUGGGGCUUGCUCUUCGUGCUGGCCGCCGGCCUCACCAUCCUGCUGGUGGCCCUGCUGGUGCCGGGCAUCAAGGACCACCGGGCGCUGCAGGUGGUGGGCAGCGCCGUGGCCUCCCUCUCGGGCUCCAGCCUGGUGCUGGGAGCCUUCCACAUCCUCAAGAACCUGCUGGUGAGCGAGAAGCAGAAGAUCGAGCGGCUGACCAACAGCCAGCGCUUCGCGGGGCAGCUGGGCUUCAUGAGCAAGGUGCGGGGGGAGGUGGAGGCGCUGGUGGGCUUCCUCUCCUUCAUGGAGGUCUUCGAGCGCCGCCGGCUGCGGGUGGUGCUGGAGAUCACCAGCCUGGACCUGUGCCUGCCGGAGAAGGUGGCCGGGGUCCUGACGGCCAUGGGCACCCUGCUGGCGGCCGCCCACUCCCCUUUCAUCUUCAUCCUGGCCGUGGACCCCAGCGUGAUCGUGCCCUGCCUGGAGCAGGCGGGCUGCCUGAAGGGGCUGGCGGACAACGGCUACCUCUACCUCAGCCGGGUGGUGACUCUGCCCUUCUCCAUCCCGGCCAUGGGCGCCCGCUCCCGGCUGCGCUGCCUGGAGGCCGCCCUGGGCACCCGGGAGGACCUCAUGUACCGAAUCAUCACUUCCAACCUGGCCGAAGCCGCCCGCAGCCCCCCCGGCCGGCGCCGGCGCUCCCACCAGCACCACCACCACCACCAUCACCAUCACCAUCACCACCACCACCUCCCGGCGCCCCCCAGCUGGCGGGAGGUGGACGCCGAAGCCGCUCGCUGCAUCCGGGAGGCCUUCGGCUGCCUGCACGACGCCAGCCAGCCCCUGGCUCGCUACCUGCCCACCGACGGCGUCCACCUGCGCCGCAUCGUCAACACCAUCCCCAUCACCCUGCGCCUGCUGCUGCACCGAGCCCACUCCGCCGGCGCCAGCCCCUCCGCCGCCCACCCCUUCCCCGCGACGCCCCCCGGCGCCGGUGCCACCUUCCCCGCGCCCCCCGGUGCCACCUCCUUCCCCACGCCCCCCGGUGCCACCUUCCCCGCGUCCCCCGGUGCCACCUCUUUCCCCGCGCCCCCCGGUGCCACCUCCUUCCCCGCGCCCCCCGGUGCCACCUCCUUCCCCACGCCCCCCGGUGCCACCUCUUUCCCCGCGCCCCCCGGCGCCACCUCCUUCCCCGUGCUCCCCGGCACCGAUGCCACCUCUUCCCCCAUGCCCCCCGGCGCCGGUGCCACCUUCCCCGCGGCCCCCGACGCCACCUCCCCGCUGGCCGCCGCCGCCUGGGUGGUGCUGGCCGACCGCUGGCCCUGCAGGCUGAGCUGGGCGCUGCAGUGCCUGGAGGACGCCUGGCAGGCAGGGCUGGCACCGCAGCUGGAGGGCAGGACCCUGUGGAGCAUCUACCAGGAGCAGCUGGCGGAGCUCAGCGCCCUGCGGCAGCCUCUGCGCAACCUCCUGAGCCUGGACGGGGACCCGGAGCUGUUCCGCAGCUUCCUGGCCUGCGACUUCCCCUUCGGUGCCAGCCAUGCCCACCGCCUGCUGCCAGCCACCGUCAACCUCGACCACUCCAUCCGGCACCGCAUGGCGCUGCUGCGGGGCCUCGACCGCCUGCAGGGGGCUGCCCCCAGCGCCCCCGGCCGCGGCGGGCACCGCCCGGCCCCCGAGUGA